UCUCUCUCUCUCUCUCUCCAUGAAUUGGUUGCAGAUGCGACUGCGGUUUCCCCAUGCUUUCCCGGCGUGCAAGGCAGAAACGCACCGUUUCUAAUCAUUCACUCCCUCUCCCGUUCUCUGUCUCUCUCUCUUAUUUAAUGGAGGGAAGAGAUCGGAGCUAAGCUUUCUGUAGCCCUGCGGCAGCUUGGCCUGUCUAUCUGUCAUUUCUCCGAGGUUCUCUUUUGCAUGCAUGGAAAUUCCUAAUGCUCACAGCCAGUUUAGCUGCUGAAUGAUCUCACUUUGUGGGUGAAGCCUUUGGUGUCUCUGAUCUUGAUCUACUUGUGGAUGAGUUCUACUGGCAAUGGCUAGGCAUCAUGUGGAUGGACUACUAGUGUGCCCCAAGAACCAACUGGAACAGGAAAGAAGACCGAGGCCUCACCCAGAGCAGGCUCUCAAAUGCCCCAGAUGUGCUUCUACCAACACCAAGUUCUGCUACUACAACAACUACAGCCUCUCCCAGCCAAGGUACUUCUGCAAGGGUUGCAGGAGGUACUGGACUCAGGGAGGCUCUCUCAGGAAUGUCCCAGUUGGAGGUGGCUGCAGGAAGAACAAGAGAUCCUCCUCUUCCUUCCCUUCAAAGAUGACACAAGACCUAGAUCUCACUGCCACCAGCUCCAUUAAUCCACUUCCCCCUACCUUCGUUCCUCCUCCACUUGCCAGUGAUCUCACCUUGGCCUUUUCUGGCCUCCACAAGGAACCACCCACCGAGCAUCUGGGACUGGAAAACCAUUGCCAAAGCUUUCUUCUUGAGCAUGCCAGCACCGAGUCUCUCCUCACGACCCUCUCAACAAACAAUGGCUUUCUUGACACUCUAAGGAGUGGCUCUGUGGAUGCCCUAAACCCAAGUGGUCUAAACAACCCUUACUAUGGUUUUGGUGUCCAUGGCAGUGUGGAGGUGAAGGUUGGUGUUAGUGUGGAAGAUAGACUUAUGUUUCCUGUGGGAGGACCGGGAGAUGCAGCAGCUAGGACUGUAACUGGCCAAGGUUCAUGGAAGGACAUGGAUGAAGGGGAGGCCAAAGUGCUGAUGGGCCUCCCAUGGCAGGUGGAAGGAGAUGGGAACAUGGCUGUGGAUUCUGGAAGAGACUGGACUGGUGGUGCUUCUUCUUGGCCUGGACUUAUGGGCAGCUCCUUGAUUUCAGCAGCAAGAACAGAUAUGUCCUCCACCAUUGGAGAUGCCUAUGCCUUCUUCUGAAAACCCUAUCAUAUCCUCGCUUCUUUCAUUGUACUAUUCUCUGUUUUUUCUUCUGUUCUCUAUAUAUUGUGGGAGUGAUGGUUUAGUAACUACACAGACUUAAUCUAUAUAUAUGGUUUGUAUGAAUGGAUUGAAACCUAGAAUUUUUAUUGA